GUACAGACACGAUCGAACCUUGUACGAUUGACGACGGAUGGUCUUCCUCGGAAGAUGUCGGGAGAGAGUUUGCUUCUGACGGUGCAAAAAUGAUUGCGGUCAGCGGAAAGCAUCCACAACAUGGUUACGGUGUUGUUGCAAUAUUUAGAAAUGACUCCCGUCUGUUGGGAUUGGAUCAUGUAUUAGGAUCGCAAGAGAAAGACCAAUCCUUUGGGAAGGCAAUCUCAAUGAAUAAAGAUUUUUUGGUUAUAAUCGGAUCUGGCGUUUAUAUCUUUUCAAGAAUGUCUAACGGUUCCUGGCAGAAGAACAAUGCACUUUCCAAAAAGUUUAACAAUCAAUUUCCAGACAAUAUCUAUCUGACAAAACAAAAUGAACUAUUUCUUCUAUCAAUUUCAGACAAAACAUUGACAGUUUUUGAAUUGCAGCCACCAGGAAAUGCGAUCAGGAGAUGUCGAAUGGUUUAUUCAGGGCUUGUUCAGCUGAGUGGGAGUUUUGAUGUGUUGGAAGGCGAGUCAAGUGUUUUUGCUAUUGGUAUCAUGGUUGACGGUCACGAUGGAAGUGAUUUGGGUGUUUUCGAACCAGGGAAUAAGUGUGCAAAGAUUGGGAGAGUGGUGGCAAAAAAUGACCUUCGUUUUGAUGAUGGUAAGGCAAAGGCGUCUGUAGCAAUCACAGACGGUCAUGUUGUGAUUGGCAGUCCAAGUUUGAAUACUUGGCCGAGCGAUUAUGUGGGUGCAGGAACUGGACGUGUGUAUUUCAUGAAAUUCUGUCAACGCAAUUUCGUACGUUUGAAAGUGUCUGAUCUUGGACAUCAGGUGACAGUAAAGUGUGUCGCGUGUGGCCUGGGGGAAGAGGCAUACCCUGGCUUUGAGGAGAAAUGCGUGAAUUGUAGUCGUAGUAUUUGUUUGAAAAACUCAGGAGGUUUAAGGUUCAAGCUUUCCCACUGUGAUAAAUACCCUUGCGGUUUAGUUAAUAAUCGAAGUAUAAGCCAAAAUAUUUAUCCAGCUAAUCUUACAGUUACCGAAUAUGGGCCCAGCUUUGGUGACGACGGAUUUUACCUUCCCGGAACAGAACAGAGUUAUUUCGUUAGGAUCACCCAAAGGUCGGCUUCGGGACUCACGACUACCUCCGACAGCAUUCCGUUCUCUCUCGACAACACCUCGCCAGAGCCGGGAUCUGUCUACGACGGCUUGGGUAGCGACGAAACCCGAAACUGUUCAGCAAAUACGACAUUCGGUUCGGAGCACCAGUGUUCAAGUCGAAGUUUCGCCAACACCGAUUUGGAUUUCACGAACAACACCGCCUCAAUCAGUGCUCGCUGGAUCGAUUUCCGGGACAAUGAAAGCGGCAUCGGGCAAAUGUUUUGGUGCAUCGGUUCCAAGCCUCUCCGAGAUGAUAUCAUGGGGUGCAAAAAUGCAACUAACCAUGCGAACAGAACUCUGACUGGGCUAUCGAUGCAGCACAAUGAUUCGUACUAUGUGACAGUAUUGGUAUGUAAUAAUGCGGGACUAUGUACUGCCAAGUCAAGCGAUGGAGUUGUGAUCGACACCACACCACCUAUUAUAAAUUAUGUCCGAGAUGGAUUGAUGGGUCCAGAUAUCAAUUUUCAGGUGUUUACCAACAUCAUAUUCGGCAAUUGGGCAGCGGAAGAUCCCGAUAGCGGCAUAGUCUCGUACGAGGUUGGUUGGGGUUCGUCUCCAGGACUGGAUGACCUCUGGGAGUUCCAAGAGAUUGGAAAUGCCACAGCCUACUAUGCAAAGUUCAAACACGGAGAUCUGGUGAAGGGGCGCAAAUAUUACGUAACCGUGAAAGCCAUCAACGGUGCAGGCCUGGAAUCUGAGGCAGUGUCUUCGAAUGGCAUCAUGGUUGGAAAAACCGAGUUUGUCUUUUCGAAAAAUGAUUCUGGAUCGUUUUUCUUCGAUACUAUGAAUGUGAACGCCAACGAGACACAAGAAAAGGAUUCGGAUGUCGGAAAUACAUUUGGAACUUUAGACGUUCCCUCCGGGGCUGUCGAAGAUGAAGUGAAAUUUCAGGUUUACAGCCUUGGCAAGGAAGAGUUGAAGAACGGCACAGAUGAUAAUACGACUGUCGUUGAUCCUGCUGUCAUGAAGCCGCCAAAACAUUUCAAAUUGGGCAACUACAGUUUCCAAAUCAAAGCUUACGAACCAGAAAACAAUACUUUGCAAGAAAAAUAUCGUUUCAAAAAACCAAUAACCAUCUCGCUGUUCUACGACGUCGAUCAAAUGUUGAAACAAAACAAGAAAACUGUUAGUAGUGAAGUAAAUAAUAACGAUAUCGAUCCUGUGCUUCUAUUAUGGCACACCAAAAAUCAAACAUGGUUCGAUGCAGCCAAAACCUGUCCUGAGCCAUGGACGUUUGUUGAUCAUGCUGCGAAACUUCUCAAAGUCCACGUCUGUCAUCUGACCCAAUUCGCCCUAUUCUGGACGUUUACAGCAGAAAAUGGAAUAAUUGAAUUCCUCAAUGGUUCCUCGACUGGCCAGCCCAAACAAGCCAUGUUCGACGGAAGCAGUAACAGUAUCAUUUAUGAUCCUAAACGAUAUGGCGGUGAAAUUAUUCUUAACAUAAUUAGGCGCAAGGGUUCUACCGGAAGGAUUAAUGUCACGUGGAUCGUCAUCAGCCAAUCAGGUGGUAGCAUUCCAUUUAGCGUUUCCCCAAUGAGUGGUGAAUUGAGUUUUUUGGAGAGCCAAUGGAAUUCCUACGUUCAUUUAAAAUUCGGCGGUUUUCCAUCAAAGAUGAGUGAAAUGGUAUUGUCUGUGGAAUUGUUGAAUGUGUCUGGUGGUGCGAUGCUGGGGAAUUCGCGCAGGGUGCAAAUCGUCUUUCCCGCAAAGCUGGACAGAGAGGGGCCGGAAGAUAGUAGCUUUGCACUGGAGAUUGUUCUACCGUGCGUUGGUGGUGUUUUGGCAAUUAUUAUUAUAAUAGCAGCGGUUUGUUUUGUCCGAAAACGACGCAGCCGCCAGCCUGCGGUAUCAUCCAGAGGGAGAGAAAACCCUAUUUAUAGAAUAGGUUACGGUCAAACGGAUAGCAUUCCUGAAACGCUCCAGGAGACAUCAUUCACACAGCCCAGGUGAAGAGCAAGCCUUUGUUAAUGCAUAAAACGACAUGCACUUAUAUUAGCUAUAUACUAAAUACUUUAAUAAAAAAAUUAAUUGCGAUAGAUAAUGGAAUUGGGAAAUAAAUAGAUGUACAUGUAUUUGAAUUGUAAAAUUUUCCGACGGCUGGAUUGUAUUAUAAACAAGUAAUCUUUAAAAGAAUAUCAUAGGCGUAUGAAUAGCAUUAAAUUGUAUGCACAACAAGUUAGUAUAUCUAACAAAAAUUAAUACACCUGGGAUGAAUUUAAAGUUAAAAAUAUUUUCUGAAAAUCAUUAAA